ACCUGGAACGGACUUCUGAUGCAGCCAAUACUUACUUGAUGAUUGACAACCGUUUACGGCCCGGCUGGACGCUUUCAGCAUUCUGGUGACAAAUUAAGGAAUUUGGUCAGAAAGAGGAAAGUUCUGAUUGACAUCGCAGUAUUCCAAGCGUGAUGUCAAGAUGCGCUCAGCAAAUGCUUAACUCCAUAGAUGUGGGGAAGUCAGAGGUGACAGGCCAGCAGCAUUUCUACGGCACAGAUGCGCAAUUGGUGACAACCAGGAGAACUUUUGCGCCUGCCUUGCAUGAUAGAACGCAACAAGGUACAAGAUGCGCGCUGCCACUUGAACUUUGCGGCACCGGAGAUUCGCUUUCCGGGUUAGUUGUCGGCUCCCGGCAACGUUGAAUUGAAGCCUGGUGUGUUCUCUUGGAAAAUGUGUGAGUGAGGACAGAGGCGCGAGGUGUAUCUCAUCAUUUCGUGCGCGGCACAUGAAUGGGUACCACGACCAACCAUGCAUCGAGAGAUGGAAAGACCUCUUGUGGGCAAGAAUGGGUGUGGGAAGGUUGCGACAAAACUUACUCAGAGAUCUGGAUCCCAUGAUGCACCUAUCUCGUACUGCGACGCAAUCAGGCGAGAGACGAUCAUUGCCGAGCAACAUCGCUGUGGUGUAUCAUCCAAUGACCCGACUUUGCGAGAACAGGUGGUUCACAAUGGUCACGAUGCUGGAGAACUUCAUCCGAGAAGGCGAGCAACGGCUGGGCAAUAUACCGGGUCUGUGCAAACGGUAGCGCUAAUGGACGCUCUUGGAAAGCCUGCUGCACAUAGCAUCAAAGCAUCUCAUUCGACACCGAUCAACGACACAUCCGCCAUGGAUGGCUUCGCGGUCUGCUCGGCAUCUACCGUUGGUGCAUCUCCUGAGCAUCCUGGGACGUUGCGAGUCGUUGGUGUCGUAGCCGCAGGAGACAAAGCCGAGCCGGAACGAGACUUGGACCGUCGCGCAAAAGACUGGACCAACGAUGGCACCGAGAUCCCAGUGACAUGUGUGGAAAUCAUGACCGGCGCGAAAUUCCCUGAAAGAACAUACCCAGAGCUUGAUGCUGUGAUCAAGGUGGAAGAUGUUGUUAUAGUAGAGGACGGGCUGGGACCGGAAACGUCGUAUAUUGCUAUAUGCGCGCCGGUCCGGGCGGGUCAGAACAGGAGGUACGCAGGCAGUGAUAUUGCGGAGGGAGACCUCAUAGUCAAUGCAGGUGAGAGAAUUGAAUCAAAGCAUAUCAUGGCACUUGCCAGUCUUGGCCUUGGUCGCAUAGAAGUGGCCACAGAGCUGGAUGUGGUCGCGUCAGAUCUGGACCUCCACGCCCUGCAAGAAACUUGGAAGAUCGGGGUUCUUUCGACGGGUUCUGAAUUGGUCGACCUCAGGUCGGCACCAGAGAGCGCUGGUUUGGAAGUCCUCGAAGGAACUCUGCCAGACUCCAAUGGUCCGUACAUUUGUUCUGCAUUACGUGAAAUGGGCCCUUGCUACUCAGUGGAGCAUCUAGGAGUUGUCGAGGACACGGAGUGGGCAUUGGAACAAAGCAUCCGAACGGCCGUUCAAGAGCGAUGUGUCGACGUUCUGAUAACGACUGGAGGAGUGUCGAUGGGAAAAUUCGACUUUGUCAGACCUGUUGUGGAGAAGCGCUUGGGUGGUGCCGUCGUGUUCCAUGGAGUCAAAGUUCGACCUGGCCUACCAGUAUUCUUUGCUUGGCUUGACAUGGGCAGCAUCGACGCGGCCACUCAGAGACGCAAUCGUACCGCAUUGUUCGGGCUGCCUGGAAACCCUCUCGCUGCAGCCAUGGCACUCCGGUUUUUUGUGGUGCCAUAUCUCGCGAGUCUCCAUGGUACAGCGGUACCUAUCAGUCCCAGUCGUUGCAGUGCUUUCUUUGGGCCGGGUCGCACCAUGUCGAGCGGGCUUGCAAAUGGUGAACAGUGCUGUGACAAUCAAGGCCGAAGCAGGAGAAAGCCCGAGCAUCUGUGUGCCUUCUGGCUUGGGAAGCUGUGCUGUCAUGGAAAGGAACAGGCUCAGGCAGACUGCGUCGAAGUAUUGGAAGAUCAGUCGUCAUACAAAGUGGGCAAUCUGAUAGGCGCGAAUUGUUGGGUCGAGGUCCCAGAAGGUGUGAACGCGGUUGUGGAGGGUGACAGAGUGACUGUUCAUCCAUUUGUACACCCAGCAUGUUCAUGACGCCGGAGCUUGGAGGCCGCCACGG